AUGUCCACCUACAACUCAAUGUCGGGGCUGCCUACUGGCGCCUCUCGCAGAGAAGCGAUGGCGAUGAAUUUUGGAUCGGCUCAUUCUACGAGCAUGAGCAUGGACGUCUUUGACCAGGACAUUACUUUUGAUGAGUCGCUGCUCGAUGGGGCUGCACUGCAGACUCUGCCCUUCGGCAGUUCGUACGACUUGGAUGCCUUCUCCUCAACCUUUGAGGAUCCCUUCUCAUAUUCGACUCGACAAUUCGAGCCUCCGCAGAUUCAAGAUGCCUUGCACGAAGAAUCCUCACCCCAAGAGCCCGAUAACAAGCUUCUUGGCUUCUCUGCUCCAGUCGCGAGCGCCACUAUUGUCAACGAGAACACCCAGUUUGUCGAAGUCGGCAUGACUGCUGAACUUUACGGCAUGUUCUUCGUAGCCGAGGAUGUAUUUGGAGGAGAAUCAACAGGGAGGCCGCUGGAACUGACCUGUUAUCGACGUAACCUGUGGCAAUGCUCGGGACAGAUUACUUUGCCCCGGGUGAUCAGGAACAUUGUGGAUGAGCAGGGACAGCACAUCCAAAUAUUUGAGCUACUUGCUUCCAUCGCCGCCUUCGAAUCUAUCGAAGGGAAGCCAACUGAAAUUAUAUCCAUACCUUGGAAGAAUGCCAACCCCCAUGGAAGCGACGAUGCAAAGUCCGUUACGGCACCACCAACUAUUACGUUGGAUAUCGCAGCAGGCCAGGAGCUCGACGCGCAUCGCAUCUCUCUACCUGUAUCCUGGAAACGCCUUCAGUUCAAGCAUGCCACAGCCAAUAACGGCCGAAGAAAGGGCCUGCAACAACACUACGUGGUUAAAAUAGGCCUUCUGGGCAAGACCCAGACUGGCGAACUUAUUAAGAUAGCAGAUAUACAAUCCGGCCCGGUUAUUGUCAGAGGCCGAAGUCCGAGGAACUUUGACAGUAGGAAAGACGUUCCUCUGACAGGUGACAAGAGGUUCGAGAGGAGAAGCACGUCGACAUCAAAUCUUGAUCAUCCGACACUGAAACUGGAGCGGGAGAAUUCACAAGGCUUUACUCAGCGAUACCCUUCUGCCAAUCUUCAGCCGAAUGACUGGUCGACCCCUCUAUCUCAACCACUGCCCAGUCCUCAACCAGGUGCAAGCCCCCACCCGGCAAAGAGGGUUGCCUUGUCGCCUACCAUGGGUAGGCCCCCGAUACCAGCCUGGUCUAGCGACUCCAACAGCUCUGCGAAAGCAACAAAUGCACAUCAUAAAAACUCGAUUCCACGACAGAACCCCUCUCUACCAAUUAGCUUAUCGCUGUCCGAGGACGAGAGAAGUCCCAAUCGCUCGAGUGCCGAGCUGCAUAGUCCCAAUUCGGGCAAGGGUUAUACCACAUCGGGGGCGAAUCGAGAAAACAGCCCUGCGGACGAGGGCGCCGAUCCCUUGUACGAAUACUUUCCACUGACUGUGGAUGACUGGAUGCCGCCUGUGGAUGCUGUGUAUCGGCCGCACGUGGUUCAUCACACGAUCAUGCCACCUGAGAUGAAGGCACAACAGCUCAAGAGCAAGGCCAAACGGUAUUUUGCAUCAGAUUGA